UCUCUGAGUUUCCUGUGUUUCUUUUGCUUAUUUGCAUUUCACUUUCACAUUAAUUUGGACCUGUUAGUUGAUAUUUCUUUCAUUUCUUUUAGCUUCGCUGUUCGACCAUGACAGUGCAUGGGGUUAAAAAUUAUUCUUAUGACUUUUUCUUUUUUUAGGAUAAUUGGGUGCUUAAUUGUUGUUGUAAAUAUAUAUAUAUAGGUGGGUGUACAGUAUAGAGUACACAACCCAUGAUUAUAAUAAAUCCUACUACUUCUGGUCCUGGGGUUUCCGCCGUUGAAUAAAAACCUGGGACGUGUAGCUCAAAUCACUGGUCCGGUACUGGAUGUAAUGCCUAAUAUUUACAACGCUCUAUUAGCUAAGGGUCGAGAUACUACCUGUCAACAAAUUAAUGUGACUUGUGAAGUACAGAAAUUAUUAGGAAAUAAUCCGUUAGAGCUGUAGCUAUGAGUGCUACAGAUUGUCUAAUGAGAGGAAUGGAAGUGAUUGACAAGGGAGCUUCUUUAAGUGUUCCAGUCGGCGGAGCGACUCUAGGAGGAAUUUUCAACGUGCUUGGAGUGCCUGUUGCCAUCUCCUUUUCAUAGAUCUGUGCCUGCCUUUAUACAGUUAGAUACAAAAUUAUCUUCUUCUUCUUUUCAUAAUUAAAACCCAACAACUGAUUAACUGGGGCAUUCCGUGAAAAUUGCCAAGUAGUAGAUCUUUUAGUUCUUUAUCGCCAUGGAGGAAAAAUAGGACUAUUCGGAGGAGCUGGAGUUGGUAAAACAGUACUCAUUAUGGAAUUGAUCAACAAAAUUGCCAAAGCUCAUGGGAGUGUAUCCGUAUUUAGCGGAGUAGGUGAACGUGCUCAUGAAGGAAAUGAUCUUUACAUGGAAAUGAAACCCAUUUUUUUUAUUAAAAUCAUUACAUGGUUAAUUUUGUGAACUAUAAAGCAGGUGUUUUUUGAAAAUAAAAAUCAAAGAAAUAUAUAUAUAUUUUUAUAAGUAAACGAUAGUAUUAAUAAGAAUAGGCAUAGCCCAAGUGCACAAGAAGAUAUACAAGAGAUAAAACCUAUCUAAAUUGUACUAGUUGAAAUAAGAAACUCAUGAAGAUUUAGGCCAUUAAAGUCCACAGCUAAAGCCCAAAGAAAUAGGGUAUGGAAAACGAAAGUUCUAAGCUCCUCUAGUGUCCGCUUAGAAAAAAUAUUAUCAAAAAAAGAUAGAAAAUAUCUGUGCCAAAGUGAUUCCAUGAUUCCAUCCACUGCUUGCCCUCAGUAUUGUAUCCUUCCACGUUAUGUUUUUGUUUCAGUUUUCCAUGGAAUUUAGCAAAUUCAAAAAGUUGCUCAUUAUUUGGAUUUUAUACUUGUUUUUAAAAUAAGGGUUUAUAGUUUUCCCAUUCCAUACUUUCCCUUCUAUGCAUGAUCUCACUAUUAGUUUCCCCUCAUAAUGAACUUAUUAUGUUUGGAGUCAUUAUUCUUGUUAGUUAUUUAUUUACAUGUGAUAGUUCAUAUGUCACACAAUCUGUAUCGAGAUCAGGGUUUUGCCAAACAGGACAUAAAAGACUAAAGCUAUCAGAUAAUGGAAAAGAUUACAAAAGCAUAGCCUUCCCUGCAAGCAUGCUUGAUGAUAUUGAACAGAGGAAACCAAAGACCUCCCCAGAAGUUAUUGAUUACGGUAAUCCUUUUGCUAUCCCUGACCUCCUGGAAAGGUUAGGCUCUGGUAAAUACGGAAGUGUUACGAAAGAUAUAGAAGCCCUCAUUGCUCGAAGGAUGCAGAUGCUGCACCCUUAUUUCUCCAAGUAUCCCACUCUUUCAAAUACAUUCUUGGAAGCAGAAAAGAACCAGAGUAAAGAGGCUUCGAAACAAGCUACUCGCACAUCAGAUAUUAAUAUCAUUGAUUUGGAGGAUGAACAUGUUACAAAUGACGUCAAAGCACUAGCACCGCCAGUUGUAGUUAUUGAAUCAGAUGAUGAAGACAAUGGAUAUCAGGAGCCUUUUGUUCCUUUUCGGGAGAUUGUCUUGCCAAGACCAGCUGGACAAUUUCUCAUGAAGGACUUUUUGGAUUAUCGUGUCCCUCUUGCUAAUACUAAAAAGGGUGGAGCUCAACGAGAAAAAGCAAGUGCUGAGCUCAAAGUCAAGAGAGAAAACGGUGAUGAGCUCGAAAUCAAGGGAGAAAAGGGUGUUUAUGUUGGCAUAGACGAUGAAGAAAAUCAUCAAAAUGAUGCUGAAGAUGAUGGCCUGGAAGAUAUGUGGAAGGAGAUGUCAAUGGCGUUAGAAUGUUCGAAGGAUGAUGCUGUAGAUCCUCCAUCUGAAGAACAAGCAAGAGGAGGGGAAGACUGUGAUCAUUCUUUUGUCUUGAAGGAUGAUCUUGGUUAUGUUUGCCGCAUUUGUGGGGUAAUAGACAGGGGUAUUGAGACAAUAUUCGAGUUCCAGUACAAUAAGAUCAAAAGGAGUACCCGGACUUACAUGCCUGAUUCUCGGAAUGCCAAAGACAGAGACUCAACUGAGAUAUUUGGAGUUAAAUAUUCUGAAGAUGAUACAAUGGCAACUGAAAUAUCUGCCCAUCCAAGGCAUACAAAGCAAAUGAAACCUCAUCAAGUGGAGGGUUUCAAUUUUCUUGUUAGCAACUUGGUGGGUGAUAGUCCUGGGGGCUGCAUCCUGGCCCAUGCUCCUGGAUCUGGAAAGACAUUCAUGAUAAUCAGUUUUAUGCAAAGUUUCCUGGGAAAGUAUCCACACGCCAGACCACUUAUUGUACUCCCCAAAGGAAUACUGGCUACAUGGAAAAAGGAGUUCCAGACGUGGCAAGUGGAGGACAUUCCACUGUAUGAUUUUUACACUGUCAAGGCAGAUAAUCGAUCUCAGCAGCUAGAGGUGUUGAAGCAGUGGGUGGAGCAUAAGAGUGUCCUUUUCUUAGGGUACAAACAAUUCUCAACAAUUGUUUGUGACAAUGGAGCUAGCAAUACCUCUGCUUCAUGUCAAGAGAUACUUCUCAAGGCUCCUUCAAUUCUUGUUCUGGAUGAAGGGCACACUCCACGAAACGAGGACACAAAUGUGUUACAGUCACUUGCAAAGGUGCAAACGCCUAGAAAAGUUGUACUUUCAGGAACCCUCUACCAAAAUCAUGUCAAAGAGGUGUUCAAUAUUUUGAAUCUGGUCCGACCAAAGUUUUUACGAUUGGAAACCUCUCGAGCUGUUGUCAAGCGCAUCAUGAGUAGAGUAGAUAUACCUGGUUCGAGAAGGCAGUUUAAAGCAGGUGCUGAUGCAGCUUUCUAUGACUUGGUUGAACACACUUUACAGAAAGACAAGGAUUUUAGGAGGAAAGUGGGUGUCAUACAAGAUUUGCGUGAGAUGACCAGCAAGGUCCUUCACUAUUAUAAAGGGGACUUCUUAGAUGAGCUUCCUGGUCUUGUUGAUUUCACUGUGGUGCUGAAUUUAAGUUCCAGACAGAAGCAUGAAGUUUCGAAAUUAAAAAAGUUGGUGAGGAAAUUCAAGAUAAGUUCUGUUGGGAGUGCCGUCUAUCUUCACCCAAAAUUGAAUUCUUUCUCUGAGAAUCAUGCAAUUGCUGAUCAUUUGGUGGAUGAGUUGUUAGAGAAAAUAGAUGUGAAAGAUGGAGUGAAGGCGAAAUUCUUUCUUAAUAUGCUUAGCCUAUGUGAGUCAGCCGGAGAGAAGCUGCUGGUUUUCAGUCAGUACCUCCUACCCUUGAAAUUUCUAGAGCGAUUAGCUGUGAAGAUAAAGGGUUGGAGUCCUGGAAAAGAAAUCUUUGUGAUUUCUGGUGAAUCAAGUUCUGACCAUCGUGAAUGGUCCAUGGAGCGCUUCAACAAUUCUUCUGAUGCCAAAGUCUUCUUUGGCUCCAUCAAGGCGUGUGGGGAGGGUAUAUCUUUGGUUGGGGCAUCCCGCAUAAUAAUUAUGGAUGUACAUCUUAAUCCGUCAGUGACCCGGCAAGCAAUAGGUCGUGCAUUUCGACCGGGUCAAAAGAAGAGAGUGUUUGCAUAUCGAUUGGUAGCUGCUGAUUCGCCUGAAGAGGAAGAUCAUGGCACUUGCUUCAAGAAGGAGUUAAUUUCAAAGAUGUGGUUUGAAUGGAAUGAAUAUUGUGGUUAUCGGGAUUUCGAAGUGGAGACUGUUGACGUGAAAGAUUGUGAUGAUCUCUUCUUGGAAAGUUCACUCUUAGGGGAAGACAUAAAGGCUCUGUACAGAAGGUAGUACCUAGCAUCAUGCUAGGUCUCAGCACUGGAGUAGGCUUGAAUUAUAUCUACUUCUAUCUGGCCAAGUUGGAAUCUUCACUUGUUCAAACUUCAGUUUUAUAUGUAGAGGCGUGGUCGAAUCAGCGACAAUCUUGAAUCCAUUCUGGAGCCUGGGACUACGUUUAUUGGAGCCUACUUUUCCUGACUUCAAUUCCUCGGGAAAACGUUUCUGUAUAUAGCAUGCCUUAAAUGAAGCCUGGGAUUACGUUCAAGCAGAUGCUUAAUAUUGAGUGACGAUUUCCUGUCAAUUGUGUGGUUUCUCACUAGCCAUUAAGACCAUUCCUCUUGCGGUGGUCAGAGUGGCGUAAACACUAAUUUCUGUACGUGAAUGAAACGACUUUUUUCCCUAAUUUUCAGAAGCCUGAUAGCGGUCUUUAGUUUCGCCA